AUGAGUGACUCUAUCAUGAUCAAGACUCUAUUUGUAUUUGGAGUGCUGGGAGGUGAGGAAUAUUCUUGAGAGGUUAUCCCCACCCAAAUAUCCUCUGAAUGAGAUUGCAAACAUCUGUUUUUAUUCCUGAUGUGUUAUUCUGUGUUUGCUCCCAGUCCUGCUGAUCCCAGCACAGUGUGAGCUGAUCUCAGUGUGUUUGGAAGAUGACAGCGACCUGAGAGUGGACUGUCGGGUCGUGCCCAAACCCAACAGGAUCAACAGCUAUGAGUUCUCCUGGACGUCUGGAUCCAAACAGUUCAUCAUUAACACUAAUGUGUCUGGCUCGGCAGCAGAGAGUCAAUUCAAAGACAGCUACGUAGAGGAGCUUGAGCCUCAUGGAUACAGAAUGACCCUGCCUGGCUUCUUAGACAAACUCCCGCACAACACCACCUACAUGUGCAAACUGUCCGGGGACGGUGCCCACAUUAGUGUGGAGAAAGGUAGGUGUGAGUGCGAGUGGGUGUGAGAGAGUGAGCACUGGAAUACUAGAAAAUCUAAAGGACUUUGUAAACUAUUUUCAUCCUACUUUUCUUCCUCCACAGAGCAACUUGCUCCAUGUUCUGCUGUGAGCCUGUUCCUGAAAAGCUCCUGCUUCUGGAUCAUCUCUUUGCUGCUCUCUUUCUUUCAAGCCCACAAGUAA